AUCUGCAGUUCAUAUGUGGGACCAUCCAAUGAUGACCUCAAGGUAUGUACAAAUCUGCUAGGCAUUAUCACUCAAAAUGACUAGAAUUGGAAAUAACAAAUGUCACAACAGCAUAAUUUUCUACUAAGCAUGGAUGAUAUCAUGAAAUAGUGGUGAAAGCUCUAUCAUGUGGUUUAUUUGGUUUUGUUAUGUGAACUAUGAUUUAUUUGGUAAAUGAAGUUAAAUAAAUCAGCACUGUGUAUGAAUUCAAUCAUUAUUACCUUGCAAUAUUUCAUAAUGUGUUAGCUAAGCAAAAGAGUUUAUUCUUCAAAAUAUUUUUCAGGUUGAGCUGAAAUUACCAAACAUAGUUGGCACAGUCACAUACUCUUCUGACCCAGUAGUGUUUUGGCCCAUGUUCCAGAUCACCUGUAAACAUUUCAGCUGUUCUCUGCCUAACCAUGUAUUUCCCCAUUUUCUCUCACUUUCUUUGCUUUAAUCUUGUCUGGUGUUAGGUCUGCCAUAGGCUAUUUCCUACUGUCUCUUGUGCUUUCUUCAAACACUUUUAUAAUACUUUUAUGACUGUAUUUAAAAAAAAACUGACUAUAUUUUCACUGGUAUGAACAUUUUAAAAUCUACAACUACUGCAUAGUAAUCAGUCGUGCUUCUUCUGGUCACUGAAUUAUCUACUCACUCUGGACUUCAGUUCCCCAGCAUUUUCUUCUCAAACGUAUUACUGUUAAUACUCAUCAUUUGCCAGGAUUGCUGCUACUUCCUAAUAAAGACACAAAUGUCUGUCUCUUGUUUUUAACCUAAGUAUAGCUUUAAUUAAGCAUUUCACAUUCAAAAUAUUGUUUCAAAUCAUCCUUCUAUUCAUGAGUGGGGAAUUAGGUAACUACAUUCUUACCAAGCAACUAUGAUUCUUUAUUGAUUAGCAUAAGGAGGUAGCUCAGGUUGUGGUUCCAAAUUAUAGCAAUAUGAAAUAAAUACCCUAAUGUAUAUUCCUUUUCUUUUCCAGCUAUCCCAAAUUUAUGGUUUUAAAUAUUUCAUUCAGCUCAAGGAUUUAUAUCUUAUGCUGAACUUUUUUUAAAAAAAGCUUUAGAAGCAGAUUUAAUACCAUGCCGCACAGGGUUAAUUCUCUUUUUUGGGUUAGGGUUACUGUAAUCAAAGGAAACAUUCUUAUCCUCUCUAUCUUAUGAUGCCAAUGGUUUGCUAAAGAUUAAAGCAUUUUUAAAAUUCAAAACAAUUUAAAAUGUUUCUGGGGCCUUUUAAGCCUUGGCAAAAAAUUAUCAAUCUGUGUUUAAUAAAUUAAAAUGUAUACUUAAAGUUUAGAUUAAUUCUGAGAUUUCUGCUAUUUCUGUUUGUGUUGAUUUUGUAGUCUGGUGUGUAGGAUUUGUGGUGCCUUAAUACUUGAUAUAAGGCAUACAAAUCUUCGAAGUAAAACUAGCAUAACACAUGACCCUGCCACUAUAUGUCUGUUUAUUUUGUGACCUGAAAAAAACCAGGAUUAAUUGGGCAAGUAAGCAGUGAACUAGCGUUUACCACUUUUUAAGUUUUUCUUUUAAGAUUUUGCCUUGCAUGACUAAUGACUCAGACCACAAAAUAAAACAGGAAUAAAUCAGAGAGCACAACUGAACUUUGUGUAAUGAUUUGCAUAUCACUAAAGCAUAUGCUGUCAGGAAGUCAGCAUUCUGUUGCUUACCAUGCUCAUUCACUGACUUUAUUUGCAAAUUAUGCUGAGCAUUUUGAAAUAGCACUAUCAUAACAAUAUGUUAGAUUAAGGAGAGGGGACUGCUGCUUUUCAUAAAGUAUUUACUUUUCAAAUUAUAAUUCUAUCCAUCCUUAAAUUCCACAAAACAUCCUAACUUUAUGUGUAAACAUUUACAGGGGCUAUUAAUUUCAAGUCCACAUUACUGAAUAUUUAUAUCAAAAAACAAACCAUGGAAACUAAUAUAUAAAUCAGUAUUACAGCAUAAUAAAAUAUUGUUGUUCAGUCAUUGCUGAUUAACUUGAUAAAUAUUUUUCUAUGGUUAAUAACUUGAGUUCGUGUAAAUUUUUAUCAUAACAUUUAGCCACCUUGUAUUCUUUUGCCCUCUUUUCUGAUUUCUUUGAUUUUUUUUAUUUUUGGCUUUAUUAUUAAUGCUUUCAGAGAACAGUUUGAUUUUGCUUCAUCUAGUAUUGCUUUUCUUGGGAGUCCAGUGUUCAAUUUUCUACAGCAUCAGAAUUCAAAAUUAUUUCUCUAUAUUGCAACUGGGAAAAGCCAUAGCUAUGGUAAUAUGUACCUUUGUUAUCAAUGUGAUAUCUUUGCUCUUUACUUAGAUUUGUCAUAGUUUGUCCCAAGUACCAGCUAUCUUUUUCAGGUCUAGAGUCACCGUCCCUCUCUAAGUAAAUUUAUUUAUUCUUCAGCUACUUGCCUUGAGUUACCAUUGCCUGUUAACUCUCUUGAGUAUUUUUAAUAUUGAGGAGACACUGGUUUUUGUACUCUUUUUUUUCUCUUCAUUGUCAACAAUGGAUUCCUUUUGCUUUCCUUGCUUCUAGCCAUUCAAGAGGUAUCGGUAUAUCUGUGAUAGAUGUUUCUCCCAGAAAUUUUAAUUACAAUUGUUUUUCAAAUCUGGCAUAUAUGAUGAUAUAUUAUGCAUAAAUAAUUAAGACAGCAUCCAAUCUUACCACCCCUUUCCCACUUUUGAGCCAUUUAGAUAGCCCAUAUUAUUACAUCUUGAUCAUCACACAGUAUGUUUUAUUCACUAGGCAGAUAGCCUUAUACAUGCAUGUUUUCAUGGACUGUCCACACCUUGUCCUCACAGUUGAAAGCUUUUAUAAAACCAAUAGAUAUUUUUGUCAAACUCCCUUGCCAUCUGCAGUAUUCAUCAAAUAUUAACAAUAGGAUCCUGGGUCCCUUGAUUCUUUUGCAACAACAGUAUCUGGCUUCUGGUAUUUGUACAGUAUCUGGCACUUUUCAUUCUCAAUUACUAUUUAUUUUUUAUUUAUUUUUGUCACACAGUAUAUAUAAGCAUAAGCAUGAAAUAAUUAUACAAUAUAUAAGCAUAUAUAUGAGUAUGUAAUAACUAUAUUAAUUGAAUAUAACAAAGGAAAACAAUAGGACUCUUAUGCACGCCCCUUACAGACCUCUUAGGAAUGGGGUGAGGUCAAUGGUAGAUAGUUUUUGGUUGAAGCUUUUGGGAUUUUGGGAAGAGACCACAGAGUCAGGUAGUGUUUAAUAACUCUGUUACUGAAGUCAUAUUUUCUGCAAUCAAGAUUGGAGCGGUUAACAUUAAGCUUAAAUCUAUUGUGUGCUCGUGUAUUGUUGCAAUUGAAGCUGAAGUAGUCUUUGACAGGAAGGACAUUGUAACAUGAUUCUAUGAGUUAAACUCAGGUCAUGUCGAAGGCGGCAUAGUUCUAAAUUUUCUAAACCCAGGAUUUCAAGGCUGGUAUUUUGUUGUAUUCGGAGGAGUGGAGUACUCUUGUAAAAUAUUUCUGAACAAUUUCAAUUGUAUAAUAAUAAUAAUUAAUAAUAAAAUAAUUAUUUAUUUUAUUAUUUUUAUUAUUUUAAAAUAAUAAAAAUAAUAAUAAAACUAUUAUUAAACAAGCAAACUGGAAAACAUGCGUGCAAAACGCCGUCCUACAAAUAGCAUGGGGAGGUUUCCCCAAAGAUGCAGGUUACAGUUUUAAUUACAGGGAUCAUCAUUUACUAAUCUUCAUAAACUAUGAAGCACAUUUUUUAAAAAUGGAAUUUUUGGCAAACGAAACUUCAGUUUUUAUAUUUCCAUAAAACUAGAGUAAACUGUGAUAAUGUCAAUCUAAACGGCAGCGGGUGCCAUGCGCGUAUCCCUCUUGAGUUUCCCGGCUGAAACGGGAUUUAAGCCCGGAUGCAUCAUAGAGAUGGCGCCAAUUCUGCCAGUUGGGAACUGGCAUCAAGACGAACCGGUAAUUUCCAAAUCUUGUUGAUUUAGCUAUUUCGCGAAUAAUAAAUCUCUAAAUGCAGAUUUCAAAGGUGGUCAAAUCAGAAUCGUAAGAGCAGCGAGGCAAAUUCGGGAGCAAGUCUCGCCAUCGCUCUGCGGGAAGCAAACGUAGAAGCGGGCGACGGGGAAAAGCACUCGGAAGUCGGACCCGGCGAGCCUUGAUGCGGAGCGCUUGCCGGAAGGCCCCGUCAAUACCGCGAAGAGAACCGGUUGCACGCCUCUAAGAAGCAAGGGCAAACUCUGCGGGCGCCGGAGGGAUCGGAAUAAGACCCGAGAUCGGACAUGCAAGAGGACGAACGUGAAGGAAGGCUGGGCUCCGGAGGGUCCGCGCUCGGCGAAGUGGAAGGAUUUUGGAGUCAAAAUAUAUUAGAUUAUUUUCUGAAUACUAAGCAAAUUAAAAGAAGAGAUGGAGCUGAAAUCAUUUGGUAUCACAGAGCAAACAGCAAGCAACACAUGAAAGAGGCAAUACAGAUAUUGCUUUUUUAUAGUCUAGAAGCUGUGAAUCCCUCAAUGAAGCUUCUUGGAGACCUGCAUUUUAGGCAACCUGUUUGGAUUAAUGCAGACAUACUUCUAGGACCAAAAGGAAAUCACCCCAUAGAUGCAAAAGGAUUCCUGGACACAGUGAUAUCAUCUUUUCCAGAUGUAACUUUAUCUUUGGGAUGGACUACUGGGAGAAUUAGUUCAAAAUGCAACACAGGUUAUAGUCUAGCCAUGGUACAAGAAAUGGCAGAAAUAUGUAGAGAACAUAUUCAGCCAAUCACAUUUGCUGUAAGAGCUGAUUUGGUUUGUCGGUCAAAAUCUGAACUUCAGUGGUUACUACAGCAAUCAGACAGGUACACAUUAACCAUUUGGACUGGAAAAGAUGAUGAAUAUUCCGUAGAUGAUUUACUCUUCAUCAGACACAGCUUUGAUCAAUGUAGAGUUUUUUACGAUAUCUUGGAGCCACAAAAUUCUGAAUUCAGAAAAGCCAUAGGAAUAUAAAAAGGAUAAAUAAAACAGCCCAGUCAACGAUAUAUUUAGGCUUUAGACUGAGUAUAAAAAUGCAUUAAAUUGAAUUGUAAAUUUCCAUCACUGUUGGAACACAAUUGUAGUUAUUGAAGUGGAUGUUUUCAUCAAUUUCCCUUCCACAGCUUCCUUCAUCUUCUGCUUCCACAAAAGUUGAUCUUAUGAAGGUAUGGAAUUUUGGAGGGGAGGAAAAUAAAUGGAGGGAAGUUAUGGGAGAAAUUAUUUCCCCUUGCAUGAAUAAAGACAAAACUAAGAUCAAAGUUUAUUUUUUUUAAAGUCAAACUUUUAAAAUCUUUAAUUUCCAAAGAUGAUUUAUCCUCAUUACAGAGUGAGAUUCUUAAAAAUGAAAAUAAUUUUCAAAGACUUUACUGAAACCUUCUACUAAGGUCACUAACACUCUAGCAUUUGAAACUUCUCCCUUGGGCUCUACCUUCUCUCUGCUUAUGCAAACAUCAUAUCCCUGUAUUUGUA